AUGAGGGUGACUUGUGGCAAUCUAAUGGACAUUGCCAUAGUUUUGGACGGAUCCAACAGUAUAUACCCAUGGGAACCAAUUGUUGCUUUCCUCACGAAACUGUUGGAAAACUUAGAUAUUGGACCUCAAAGCACUCAGGUGACUGUGAUGCAGUAUGCUGUUGACACCUCAUUCGAGUUCUACCUGAAUUCCCAUCGGACAAAAGAGUCCAUGAUUAAAGCAGCUUCAAAUAUUCAACAGAAACAAGGAUUAGAGACUAAUACUUUCAAAGCCAUCGAAUUUGCAAGAAAGAAUGCAUUCCUAGCCAAAAAUGGAGGUCGUCCUGGGGCCACUAAAGUGAUGGUGGUGGUAACUGAUGGAGAGUCACAUGAUGCAAAUCUGAGGAACACAGUUAUCCCGGCCUGCGAGAGCCAAAAUAUCACUCGCUUUGGUAUUGCGGUGCUUGGAUAUUACUUAAGGAAUGACAUUGACACAAGCAAACUCAUCGCUGAGAUUAAGUCAAUAGCCAACAAUCCAACCGAAAAAUACUUUUUCAAUGUGUCUGAGGAGGCGGCGCUCAUAGAGAUCGUCGGGACUCUUGGAGAUCGAAUCUUCAACAUUGAAGGUGUUGGAAAAGGUACUGGGGAUAAUUUCAAAAUGGAAAUGUCCCAAGUCGGAUUCAGCGCACACCAGACCAGGAAUAAGGAUGUGAUCUUACUGGGAGCAGCUGGAGCAUAUAAUUGGAUCGGGACCGUUGUGCACCAAACUGCUCAGAAAUCAGAUGUUUUGCCCAAAGCUGCUUUUGAGAAAGUCUUGGAUGACAGAAACCACAGUUCAUUACUUG